AUGGCUCACUCCUCUGACUACCACAACCAUAGGGAAAUGACCAACGGGCGAGGACAUCCUCUCCCCCACCCUCAUAAUGGGGGAGGCUACCCUCACCCCCACAAUGGGGGCCAUGGGGGCCAGGCUGGGGGAUCCCACUCGACAAACCGCUACAUGCAGAAGAAGCAUCACCGCCACAGGGGAGGCAGGUCCUCACCCAUGGGCAGAGUCAUCCUCAUCAACUCUCCUGUCGAUGGUGGGGAUGACUGUGAAGACCUCCACACAGUGACAGUAGAUAAGAGUGCAGACGGCCGUCUGGGAUUCAGUGUUAGAGGUGGUUCAGAACACGGACUCAGCAUCUUCGUCAGCAAGAUAGAGGAUGACAGCUCUGCAGAGCAGGCAGGUCUCUGUGUAGGGGACAAGCUGGUGGAGGUGAAUGGUAUCAGCCUGGAAAGCAUCACUAUGAGCAGUGCUGUGAAGGUCCUGACGGGGAACAACAGGCUGAGGAUGGUCGUGAGACGUGUGGGGAAAGUCCCUGGUAUACGCUACUCCAAGGAGAAGACUACAUGGGUGGAUCUGAUCCAGAGGCGUAUGGUAGUAGAGGAGAGUGGUCGUACUCCUUCAGAUGCCAGUUCAGACAGUGUUCUCCGUAGGAUGGUUCACCUCUACACAACCUCAGAGGACUACUGCCUGGGAUUCAACAUCAGAGGGGGCAAAGAGUUCGGACUGGGCAUCUACGUCUCUAAGUUGGACCCUGGGGGUCUGGCGGAGCAGCACGGCAUCAAGAUGGGCGACCAGAUCCUGGCGGCCAAUGGGGUGAGCUUUGAUGGCAUCACCCAUAGCAAUGCCGUGGAAGUUCUGAAGAGCCACACCCACAUCAUGCUGACCAUCAGGGAGGCAGGAAGAUACCCUGCAUAUAAAGAGAUGGUGGCUGAAUACAGCUGGCUCAGCAAAAUGGCCAAUGGAGGGCCUCCGUCCUCCUCCCAGGGCUCUGACUCUUACUCCUCGGCCUCCUCCCUGUCUUCCACCCCCCUCAGCUCCCUUAGUGGUCUCUCCCAGGUCCUCUUCCCACCCGCCUUUGGCUCUGACAUGGUGGACGUCUGCAUCUCCACUGAGGACCGCUCUCGCCGCACCAGCAAUUCCGAACGCACCGCAGAGACCGCCAUGCAGACUGACCUACACCCCCCCUUGGAUUCUAACGCGUCCCCUUUGCCUAAUGGAAGGCUGGUUGCCAUGGAAACCAGCCGGACGCUAGGCGCCACUGUGUUUUUGAAGGACACACCAAUUCGGGGGAAAGGAGAGGGUCCUGUGGAAAGGGGAGGGGCUGGAGAUGGGGGAAGGGGCAAAAGGGGGAUGUUGUCACCAGGGGAACAGGACGUGGCGCAGGACUCCCCGAAAACGGCGGUGCUUAUGGCCCUGAGCAGACCGAGAAAGCCCAUCAGACGAUCCCAGAGCCAUAUCACAGUUACAGGUGAGGAGCAAAACUAUGAUCAGUUCAUCCCAUUUAAAUCUCACCCAAUGGCUCUAGUCUUUCUAGCGAGGGUGAUCAGGUCUCGCCAGGAAGACAAGCAGAAGAAGAAGAAGCAGGGAAAGGAGAAGAGUGCAGGAGAGAGAGAGGGCAGCAAGACCCUGCAGCGCUCCAAGACCUUCGUCAGCCUCCUUUUUAAGAGAGAUGCACGGAGAGACAUGUCCAGGAACAGGAGAGAGAGAGACACAUCACGGGACAGUAGAGAGACAGGGACAGGGGACUCCCACAGGGGUCGAUUUAAAUCACCCUCCCACCAUGCUGACAAGGAUCCCGAUAAAGAGAGGGGUCGUCCGUUCCAGCUGUUGACGUCUCCAAGGGAGACCCGUGCUGGGUUGAAGGACAGCAGCCCCCUGCUUCACCCUGAUACCCUGGGAGAAGUGGAGAACAUGGCCAGGAAACUGCUCAGUCAGGACGAGGUCACUGCAGUCAUGAGACACUGUAAGCGGUUUAUGUUGGAGUGUGUGGUGGAGGAUCUAGUACACCCUCUACUGGCCAUACUGGACCGACCUGAGAAACUACUACUGAUACGAGAGAUCAGGAUGCUGAUCCCUCCUACAGAGCUGGGCCGUUUUGACAGUAUUGUCAUGCCCUUUGAACUGGAGGCCUACGACAUACUGAAGAGCCGCUCAUUGAGGUCUCCUGUCCUGCGCUCUCCUCGCAGUGGAACCCCUCGACGACACCUCAUCACCCCCAUACCAGACUACCAUGGUGGUUUCCAGCUUCAGCCAGCCAAGGACUUGGGGAGAGACCGUCAGCUGAUGGAAGACCUAGAGAGACUACGUGUGUCUGGCCUCCAGGAUGGUCUCCUGCCCCCUUCCCGUGCUUUCACCCCCCUCUUGGAUGUCCCCAUGGACAGCUACACCCACCACACCCCACGCUCACGCUCUCCGAGCCCCUCACCCCCCAACUGGCUCCUCACAGAAUCCCCACACACUACCAGACGGCAACCUCAAACCAACCACUCUCCAAAUAGGCGAGAGAAUGGUUUGUCCUGGCCCCGGCACUAUGAUGAGACCUCAUUGCUGUCGGAAGAUACCACUCCGGAGCGGGGGCGGUCGCCGGUGAGGAACAAACAUAAUGGAAGGGUCAGGAGGGACCAAUGGGAAGGCGGCCCUGAGAGGAAGGGAGGGAUGGCCGAGGGGUACAUGGAGGUGAGAGUACACUUACCCCCCAGGAACAUUCAACCCACCCAGGCUCAGGUGCUUGAGCCUCCCCCACAGGACAGAAGCCCAUCGACAGGGAGGGAGAGGGUGGGACAAGGCCAGAGAGGGAAGGUGAAGCAAGUGAACAGACUUUCGCCAGGACGGUCGCAGAAUGGUCACCAUGGAAACGCAACACCUGUAGCCAUUCAGGAGUAUGAGAUCACCACGGUGACCAUCUCCAAAACAAAACAGUCUCUGGGUAUCAGUAUCUCAGGUGGGAUGGAGUCCAAGGUGCAGCCUGUGAUCAAGAUAGAGAAGAUCUUUCCAGGAGGAGCUGCCUCUACCAGUGAUGUUCUGAAGGCUGGGUAUGAGCUGGUGUCGGUGGACGGUGAGUCUCUGCAGCGUGUGACCCAUCUUCAUGCGGUGGACGUAAUUCGCCGGGCGUUCAGCAACAAGGCCAAAGACUCCAUGGUGUUCAUCGUCAAGGUCCCCAAGGGGCCCUAAAUACCCAAAGAGCCCUGCUGACUAGCCCACUGUUAGGCUUACACAAAUACUACAACCUCAGUACUACAGGCCUGUCAAAAAGGAUGCUCCGAGGUGCAGUUCACCAACCCUCUUUGUCUGGAAAUGGAAAUGAAUGAAAUGCUGGUGUUCAAACCAGAACGUUGUCAGAUACAAGUAUGUGGAUUUACAGAAGAUGAGGAUUCGUCUGAUGCAGAUGGUUCGGAAUGGAAGGGAAUGGUCCACUCACAGAGGAGAGGAAGGUACCUCUUACACUGACCAAUACGCUUGCUUCUCCUCUAGGGCAAAAGGGACAAUGUUUCCAUAGAAAACAGGAAAUACUGCUAAAACAAAAAUUGGUAAUGUGACAUGUUAUGUUGUAACUGCAGUCGACAUGUGGGUCUACUGCACCUACUUUGAGUAUAAUAAUGUGAUAAAUAAUAUUUAUCAAAGAUAGACUGGAUUAUAUGUAUCCCUUUUGCUAUAUUAAUGUAUAUUGUUAGCUAGCGUUGUUAAGAGUCAGCAGCUAUAGCAAUCAUAUUAAUAUAAUGUACUGUAGGUAACUUCAAAGGAAGGAAACUUUAUUUUGUGGAAGCAGAGAAAGAAAAAACAUGCAGGCACGCACGCAUGUACGCAGACUCACUCACUCACUCACUCACUCACUCACUCACCAACCCACACUCUCACCACUCGCACGCAGGAAGUAUGACCCCCCCUAUACACACAGUUCCAGGGACCAUUUCAGUCCACCAGGGUCCUGCCAGAGAGAGAGAGAUUACUGUGUCCAACGUCAUGAGGUUUAUAGUCCAGAUUAAGCCUCUGUAUUAUAGUUGUGGUUUAGUGGAUGUCUAGGGGAUUAGUACAAAUUGCAGCUCUGUUUAAAACUGUAUUUCUGGCAAUCAGAGUUCAUGUUUCUGGAGCAGGAUGCCACUUUAGAUGCUUGAUUACAUAGGCUUGUGGACUGAGCCUGAACAGACAUGUGGAGGAGAUGGAGGAAAACCUAAAUGAUGUACAGGAUGUGAGGACCAGUGGCUUAAACUAAGGUUGGGUUGAGAGGCAGAGGGGCUAAGACUGGGGUGAAGAGAGAGGGACUGUCUGGGUCUGGGAAGGGCUGAUGAAGGGCUAAUGUUAGGUCAAGGGUUAAUAUUAGGUUAGGUUUAGGUCCCGAACUCCCUGGAAUCACCAGAGUGUACAGUGCACCACGCAUAGUUCCUGACCUUUAUGAGCGGCAGAGGGCCUGAGAGGUGCCUGAGAGACUCGACCAUAUGACUUGCUGUAGGGCUAGAAUGUCUGGCUGGUGACAAAUGCUGCUGUAAAGCUCAAUGGCAGUAUGGUCGGCUAAGCUUCUGUUAUUUAUAUAUAUGUAUAUGUGUGUAUAUAUGUAUGUAUGUGUGUGUGUGUAAUUAAGCAUAAUAUACAUGUAAUAAACAUAUAAUAAGGUACAUCCAAAAUGUUUUCAGAGCUAUCGUAUUAAUUUACCACAAUA